GCGUACCAUCCGCAGGCAGGGGUGGGCGCGCGUCGCUCCCGGAAGUAGCCCCUGCGCGUCCCGGAAGUCGAGCCCCCUACCCCGGCUCCUUUGGGCCUUUGGGCCUUUGGUGUCUUCCGGGGGCUCCCGCCGUGGCUGGAGGUGAGGCGCGGUGGCCGGUGGGGCGGUGGGCUCGUCGCUGCCGACUGCUGCGGGGCUGUCGGCUGCGGCGGGAGCGGCUCCCGGCUUCGUAGCUUCGCGGGCCUGGUCUCAGCGGGCGGCCAGGCCCCUCCCGGACCCCAGGCCCUAGAUUCACUUCGAUUCGAGUUGGUCCUCCCGGUGUCAGCCUCGUUGUCAUCCUUGUGUGCUCUGGUGGCUUAAGAGAAGGCGGUGUGUUACCAUCGGCGACUGCACCCGCGCAAGGUCCCAGCUAAACUCAGGGAGUCCGUCAGGACUUAAGGAUCCUGAAGCAGUAGCUGAAGGUCUGACUUGGGCCAGGUUUCAGUUGCUCGCUCUGAGCUGUCAGUGGUGGUAAAGCCUACAGGCCGCUUCCGGAGGCCUGCUGCCGGCCCUGGUCGUCCGCUCUGCCAUCACGCCCCCGCUCUGGAUUUCCAGUUCUACAGCCAUGAAAUAAGAGCUGAGCCUGGGCCCAUCUCAUUUCCCCAAGUUCCCAAGCAUGUUGGAAGUGGAAAAAAUCGGGAAGCCCCCCAAGAGACAUACACCUUCAGGAUCAGUGGGGCAGGGGCCGUCUGUGUGUACUGCCUCCUCCGUGACCAGACCCAGGAGCCCAGCUGCUUCCCUGGCUUCUCCUAGCUCCAAGUUUAAAACCAGAGCUACCAAUACCUCUCACGGACUCGGCUGGGGUGUGGGGGGGGCGCCUGCCGGAGACCGAGGUCAAACUUGAGUUUGUAGAAAUAGGAGAGAAGGCUGUCAGUGGCCACAGCAAGAUCGGACUGUCUGCCUCCCCGAAGGGGAGUGAGACGGAUCUGCCCCUACGGAGGAAGAGACCUCAUCCCCUCCCCAGUUCCUCGUCGGUCCCUUCACCUGACGGAGUUUUCCUGGAGGAGCAGGAGGAAGGCACCCUGGGCCUACUUGUCCACAGUGAGACGAGCGAAGCCUGCUCCCUGGGGAGGCCCGGUCUGCACCCAGCUGCCUCCCGUGAAAAGUGCCAGGCCAGCCCUGGGCGGAGGAAGCCAAAGGGUGACUCUGGCCUCUAUAGCCUCAAGUCUGUGCUUGGGCAGGAGCCCCCUGGGCAGCCCGAGAAGAAGGUGUCCAAACAGAAGGCACGAGGGCAGAGGGAGGAGGGGGAGCCGAUGGGAAAGAAGAGGGCCCCAGCGCUCAGCUCUGGCCGGUCCCCCUCUCCCCCAGCGCUACACCAGGCAGCCGGGGCGGACAGGCCAGAGGUGGGCCAGCCUGGUGAGAGUGAGAAGGCAAGGCGAGCUGACCUCCUCAUCGCCCAUCUGGCCAGAGAGCUGCGACGCCUCAAGAAGUGGAAGAAGAGGCACUUGCUUGCGGCUGUCGGGGACAAGCCACCCUGCCUGAAGAAGCUGGUCAGAACCCUAAAAGCGGAGACCAAGGGCUGGGCUUUUCCCGGGCAUUCCCCCGGCCCCGCGGACACCGCAGGUCACAAGGCCGUGUCAGACAUCGGACGGUUCUUUACCAUUGACUGCAAGGACGUCUGCCACGUCACCUGCACUCUGUGUCAUGCCAGCAUCAGACUGGGCAAAUUUAAGGGUCAUUUCCAAACCUCAGGCCUGGUCCGUCACUUGGUGAGUAAGCACGGACUAGAGAGAGACAGAAGGCCAGCCGCAGCCAGCCCGGGGGAGAAGAAGGGCAGGGCCGAGGAGAGAAAGCACAAGGGCCUGCCCGCAAGUCCCGCUGGCCUUGCCCCCGAGGGGCUGCCGUCACCAGGAUGCUGCACGGAUGCUCCCCCUCUGGUGGACGGUGGCAGGCAGCUGGCGGCGGGCAGGCCUGAGCAGCUGUCACUGGCUCCGCCACUCUUGCCUCCUUCCUGCAGAGAUGACCCCGCCGCCUCCCCGCCGGCAGUCGGGGUGGGCCGGGGUGGCACCCAUGCCCCCGGCCAGCCCCGAACACAGGCCUGGACCCGCAGCAUCGCGGAGUUGCUCUGCAGCCUGGCUUUGCCGCUGUCCUUUGUGUCAUCGCUGCCUUUCAGAAGGUUUAUGGCCCAGGUCGACCCUUGCUACCACGUGCCGCCUCCCGCCUUCUUCUGCGGGAGAGCCUUGCCUCUGCUCCGUGAGGCGAUCGAGGAGCAGGUGUGUCGGGAGAUGCAGUGGGCCAAGGGCAGCUGUGUCCACCUCACCGUGUCUGCCGCUGCCCGGGACACGGUUGUGGACUACGUGGCCAUCACCGCCCACUGGGGAGCCGUACAGCCGGGCAGUCGGCGGGUGGCGUCGGGGAGCCUGAGAAAGCAGGCCGUGCUGUGGGUUCGGGGCCUGCCCCAGGAGAGCUCUCCGGAGGAGAGGCAGGGGGAGCUACGGGAGCAGGUGGGCCUGUGGCUCAGCCGCAGCUCCCUGCAGCCAGGCUUCCUGGUGUCGGGCGGCUGCCUCAGCCUGGAGCAGGCAGUGAGGACAGAGGGCUACACCCACCUCCCCUGCUUUGCCCACUGCCUCGACUCCCUGGUGAGGAACUUCCUGCGUCACCAUCAGAGCGUCCAGCUCAUCCUGGGUACGGUGCGGGCCAUCUGCAGCCAUUUCCAGGGCUCCGCGGAGGCCCGGCGGCUCCUCGGCCAGCUGCAGCUGCAGCGUGGCCUCCCGGCCCAGCAGCCCUUCUGGGAGCUCUCGGACCACUGGGUGUCCGCCUACUGCUUGCUGGAGUGGCUGGUGAGGCAGCAGCGGCCCCUGCAAGAGUACGAGAGGCGACACCAGCUGGGCAGGGCUGGGACGGCCCUGUCGACUACGUUUUGGAGCCUGACGGACAGUCUGGUCACGCUCCUGCAGCCCUUCCGGGUGGCGGUCCGGGAGGCGAGCGCCGCGCGGGCUUCUUUAAGCCAGGUGCUGCCCCAGCUACGCUACCUGCAUAUCUUCCUGGAGCAGGUUAACCGGCACUUCGAGGAGCAGGGCGGCGGGGAGGUGGGGGCAGCCGUCCGGCUGGCCAAGGGCUUGGCCCUGCAGCUCUCCACAGACGGCCAGCUCAACGAGCUCUUCCACCGCAAGGAGUUUGUGCUGGCGACCCUCCUGGACCCCCGCUUCAAGGGGAAGAUCGAGUCCAUCCUGCCCACGGGGGCCGACAUUGACCACUGGAAGCAGGUUCUCGUGUACAAGGUGAAGGAGAUCAUGGUGUCUGACUACUCCUUGCCUCCCUCACCCUCCCUGCACAGCCCCAAGGCAAGGCGUGCGGGCCCUACCCCGGGCGGCCGAGUCGCCAGGAGCCUCGGGGCCGAGGGGAAGGGCCAGAAGGUGCCUGUGCAGGGGGGCGGCGGCUCGGGGUCUCUGCUGCUGGACCAGAGGGAGAAGAGCUUGCUGGAGCAGCUGGAAAGCGUGGGGCUGCUGGCGUCCGAGAGAAGCGGAGCGUCGCUCUCCACCGAGAGCCACUUGGCCAGUGUCAUCGUCAAGAAGUACCUGCGUGAGAAUGAGACAGUUGGUGCCCAGGAGGACCCGCUGGUUUACUGGGAGAAGAGGCAGGAGGUCUGGCCAGCUCUGGCGAGACUGGCCACUGUCUACCUGUCCUGUCCCCCAACGGGGGCCUUCUCUGGAAGCGUCUGUGCCUCCCUGGACAGCCCUGCCCUUGCGGAGCAUGGUGCCCCUCUCCCAGUGGGGACCAUUGAACAUCUCCUCUUCUUGAAGAGCAACCUGGAGAAUUUCCCCGACUACCCCGCCCCUGCCCUCAUCUUCCCCAGUGGAGACCUGGCCGACGGGGAGCAGAACAGCGAGGCCGACCUCGUCUGACGCCCUGAAAGUCUGCCUGUGGGAAGUGUGUCCGGCAUCAGAGGGGAGGGCAGGAUGCUGCACCCUAGGGCAUUAGACAGAGGUGGCCAGAGUCCUCCCUCCACCUGUUUGGAGGGAAUAGGGAUAGGUUCUCGAUUCUUGACACAUUGCCCUUUUUUUCUGACCCAGGGUGAUGUCAUUUCCCAUUCAUCCAUUGCUUAAUUUGUCUCUAGUGGUUUAUGCAUAGAAAAGGUGAACUCUGUCCAAAAGUGACUCUAAGUUGCGCCGCACACCUAUGUGGGUGGCACAGGGACCCCGCUGAACACCUGCCAUGCGCAGGAUCACCGCCACGACAGAGACUCACCCGGUCUCGGAUGGCAGUCGUGCUGUGGUAAAGAACCCUGAACUCCACUGGGGAUGGGAGGCGAUGGGCCAGAGGAAGGGUCUCCAGGUUCACUGAAGCAGCCGUGGGACUGUCCACUUGUGCGCUGUGUUAACCGGUUCCCCCUUGGCUGUAGCUGUGUCCUGCCUUGGCUGGCUCCUGGGCACCAUUUGCCAGCCCACUUGCUAGGUAGGUAAACUGAGACUCAGCAGUGGCGAUUCGGAACGAAGGAAGGUGGCCUCCUGCAGGAGAGACGAGUGUCCUCUGUGCCUUAGUCAUGGUCCCAUCCGUGUGACCAAAUCCUGUCCGCAGACACAUGUUGGACCAGGAUAGGAGGACUCGGAUUCUGGAUGUUCAGGGGUGAGCGUUGCAGGGGGUUGGCGUGGAUGAGCCAAUUCCCUCAGCAGGGCCCACCCGCUCCAAGCUGCCGCCUGUGUGUCAGCUGGGUUUGCACAGCAGGUGGGAGGGCGCUCGGUCGGUCGGGCCCAGACCUGCCUGCUUGAGGCGUGCGGAUUUCAGGGAGCAUGGGACUGGGGGCAGAGCAGAGGUCUGUGCACUGGAGAGUCAGGGAUUCACCUUGGUGACUAUGCAGUACUGUCAUCGGCGGGGGCGGGGGGCAUGGGGCGUGGGGCGGUGAGCUGGAGGGCCACAUGUCUCCCCCCAGGCAGGACUUGGGGGCACAGAAGUCCCGAUUUCCAGUUAAUGUGCUCUUUGCUCCUCUGUUUCCUCUCCUGCAAAAAGCAUUCUUCCCAGCUGUAACGUGGGGAGCACGUACAACUCCUCCCUUCCUCCCACCACCGCCCCUACCCGGUCCUCCCGUCCUUUCCCUCCACAGCAGCCAUCUCCGUCUAGACGGUCAUCGAGCCGGUUCUCCAGGGCAUGGCUCCCUAACCGUCGUGGUCAGUCUGUGGGCUUGCCCCUGCCCGGGGGCCUCAUCUCUGAGUCUGGUGGGCGUUGGAACAGUGUCCGUCACUGGGUCCUUGCACGCCUCCCUCUGGCUGCUCGUCAGUGCCCUCCACUCAGCCUCAUAAAUGUUGGUGUUCUUUCGACGUCGGCCCAUGACUGCUCCCUUUCUCUGUGCGCCAGGGGCUCCUGACCACAUUCACCCCCAAAAUAGCGUGUGGUUGGGAGGCUGUGCGUAAUCCCGGACAGAGGCCUGCAGAUACUUAAAGAGGUCUGUGUCCUCCAGAAGCCUGGCCUGUGAGCCACACAUUCUCCCUGGGCACCUCUGCGGAUGACGCUUGAGUCCCUUCAGCCUAGAGCUUCGACUGCCUCCUAGGCCCGAUGCACACGGUCACCUCCAGCUGGAUGUCUUCUUGCCCCCUCCCUCAGGCUGUCCCAUGUGCCCCACAUGUCGGGGAAGGGAGCCCCUGCAUCCAGUGACGUGGCUAGACCCUUGGAAGCUGUUCUACACGCUUCAGUGCUCGCUGCCUUCCGUGAAGCCCUGUCUCUCCAGUGCUUUUAUGGCAGGUUCUAGUGUCUGGUGCCCCUCUCGCACCCCUCACCCCCAUGGGUGACAGUUUUAAGUGGAUGCAAAGUUGACCGCGUCUCACUGCUUACAAGCCCCAGCAGACCCCUUUUGAAUACAGUGAACCAGACCUCUUAGUGGAUGCCUGGAAUCGCUUUUGGAAAGAAAUGAAAUGGAAAUGAAGGGGUGUUGCGGACUAGAAGGAGUUAGGUAAAGCCGUGGGGGAGGCGGAUCAGAUCUGUUAGCAGCCUCCCCAGCUCCCUGGUGGGGGUGUGGGAGGAAUUCUGGGCCCGGUUUCCUUGGAGAGGGAACUAAAAAACUGCAUUGAUUGUGUAAACACAGACUUGGGACUGGUCAACACCCUGGAACCCAGGUUUUAUAAACAGGAGUGAAUGGUCCCAUGGUUCCUUGCAGGCGUCACCCUGCCUGGCCCAGGCCCGGCUAGAGUCUGCAGGGUUGGGAAGCUGCCACUUGGAGCAGAGGUCCCUUCUUGUUUUCUCUCUGCUCAAACCUUGACCCCUCUGUGGCCGGCAUUGCCGAUGUCCCCCCGCCCAGGCCUCCUCCCUUUUGCGCGUGGUCUUGCACUGGCGCCUAGGCUCAUGCUGGCCCACGGCCAUUGGUAACUGGAAAGGCCCUCCUUCCCCUGCCUUCCCGGAACCCAGGUGCUACCCCGGUCCUUCCGUCCAGGAUGGCUUCUUUGCCUGGCCUUCCCCACUUGCGUUCUUAGGAAAUGAUGUCAUGUUUGCAGGUAGGACCAUUCUGUCUGGCACAUAGGGAUUGAUGCCCUUCCGUCGAUGCCGGAGUAAAGAGCUAGUUUGGCGGGCUAGGGUGGAGAGCAAUGGCAUCAGGACUGGCAGUGCUGCACCUGCUCCCGGGGCCGUCACCGUCCCUUCCUUCCCUUGACCUCAGGCUCCUCAUUGGACUGAGAGCUGAGCCUUCAGGCCCCACAGCUGCAACCAGAGGUUACACGUUGGCCUAUGCAAUCUGGAGACCAUUCUGAAUGCAUUGCUAAUGUUUUAAAAAAAAUAUUGGGUCAGUUAAAAAUAUUUUUAAAAGGGUGGGGGAGUGCCUGGGUGGCUCGGCCGGUUGCAUCCGACUUGGGCUCAGGUCAUGACCUCGCGGUUCGUGAGAGUUCGAGCCCCACAUCGGGCUCACUGCUGUCAGCCUGUCAGGCCAGAGCCCGCUUUGGAUCUUCUGUCCCCGACUCUCUGCCCCUCCUCCACUUGGAUUCUUUCUCAAAAAAUGAAUAAACAUUAAAAAAAAAUUAAAAAUAAAAUAAAAAUAAAACAUUGAGCCAAGAACAUUUUUGAGGGGCGCCUGGGUGGCUCAGUCGGUUAAGCGUCCGACUUCAGCUCAGGUCACGAUCUCGCGUCCGUGAAUUCGAGCCCCGCGUCGGGCUCUGGGCUGAUGGCUCAGAGCCUGGAGCCUGCUUCCGAUUCUGUGUCUCCCUCUCUCUCUGACCCUCCCCCGUUCAUGCUCUGUCUCUCUCUGUCUCAAAAAUAAAUAAACAUUAAAAAAUUUAAAAAAAGAACAUUUUUGAGAGAACGAAGCAAGGCCUAUCGUGCUGUCUUUUGUGUCUGUAUAUGGAAGGAAACAAAACAGAUUGUUGGUGGUGGUGACCUAUAAUCUAUUAAAAAACUAAAAUAGUUAAAAAGAAACACCUCAGAAUUCAUAAAGAUAGAUCAUAAAGAGCGGUUGCCGAAAAAGGAAAAUUUAGAGAUUUUGCCUCCCGGUGCAGAUACGGAAAAGGGGAAGAAUCUGAAUUGCGUCCGCUAUGGCCGUAACUGCUCGAGCCUCGUCAGGGCCCCCCGCUUAGGUGGGGGCCUGCGCCUGGCCCGCCUCCCUCAGGGGGGCUCUGUGGCAUCAGGUCUUGUUGGGCCAGCUCGCUUUCUGCCUCAGUGGCAGAGGCUGGGCGGUACUUGGUGCCGUCGACGGCUGCGGACUCAGGACACUCAGGAGAGGCCUGCUCACUGUUUGCUUGUCUCUCCUCAGGAGCCUCCGGCCCUUGAGCAGCGGUGCUGGAAACAGGCCUCCGGCCCUGGCCCGGGCAGACUCGAGGGUGCCUUUUUCUGGGCGCGCGGUCAGCUGACCCCUCCCGGCACCCACGUCCCUGUGACAGGACCAGGGCCCGGGGCCGCCUGGACGGACCGCAUCUGAUGGA